UAGAGUUCCGAGUCCCUCGUCUUUUUGUUCAAGUUUGUAUUUUUUUCCUUCUUCAAACUCAGAUAUGAAGUGGGUGUCAAAGGAAGAAGAAGAAGAAGAAAAAACAAGUUGAGAUUAGAAGUUUUGAGCUUUUUGCUGAUGGGUCUAAAGCUGCAACAGAGCCACCACCACCACCACCAUCACUCGGUGGUGGCUGUUAAAGUGAAUGAACAAAUGGGGACCAAAAGAGGGUACACAUUUAUUCAAUCUAACAGGGCUUGGUUGCCCAAAUUUCUUUUGCUUUGGGUAAUGGUGAUGGCCUUUUUGAGCACUUGGAUCUACAAAAAAAUGGAUGCUGAUAACAAAGUUAGGAGGAAAGAGGUAUUGAGCAGCAUGUGUGAUGAGAGGGCAAGGAUGUUGCAAGAUCAAUUCAGCGUUAGUGUUAACCAUGUUCAUGCCUUGGCCAUCCUUAUUUCCACUUUUCAUUACUACAAGAAUCCAUCUGCUAUUGAUCAGGAGACUUUUGCUGAGUACACGGCAAGAACUGCAUUCGAGAGGCCACUGCUUAGUGGGGUGGCCUAUGCAGAAAGGGUUGUUCAUUCGGAGAGGGAGGAAUUCGAGAGACAGCAUGGUUGGACGAUAAAGACGAUGCAGAGGGAACCUUCUCCUGUUCGAGACGAAUAUGCUCCAGUGAUACUCUCACAAGAAACCGUUUCCUAUAUCGAAUCACUCGAUAUGAUGUCAGGGGAAGAAGAUCGAGAAAACAUCUUAAGGGCUAGGGCUACAGGGAAAGCCGUCCUAACUAGCCCCUUCAGGCUUCUUGGUUCUCAUCAUCUUGGUGUUGUGUUGACAUUCCCCGUUUACAAACCCAAGCUCCCAACAAGGCCGACUUUGGAAGAGCGCAUUGAAGCAACUGCAGGAUACCUUGGUGGAGCCUUUGAUGUGGAGUCUCUUGUGGAGAAUCUGCUCGGGCAACUUGCUGGAAAUCAAGCUAUUCUAGUGCAUGUAUAUGACAUUACUAACUCUUCUGAUCACCUGAUCAUGUAUGGUCACCAAGAUCAAGAUGGUGACUUGGCUCUGUUGUAUGAAAGCAAGCUCGAUUUCGGAGAUCCGUUCAGGAAGCAUACAAUGAUAUGUAGAUAUCAUCAGAAGGCACCGACUUCGUGGACAGCGCUGACCACCGCAUUCUUAUUCUUUGUGAUCUGCUUAUUAGUUGGCUAUAUCUUAUAUGGUGCAGCUAUACACAUCGUUAAAGUUGAAGACGAUUUCCAUGAAAUGCAAGAACUGAAGGUUCGAGCCGAAGCUGCUGAUGUUGCCAAAUCACAAUUUUUAGCAACAGUUUCUCAUGAAAUCAGGACUCCCAUGAAUGGCAUCCUCGGGAUGCUUGCUUUGCUUUUAGACACGGAUUUAAGUUCAACUCAAAGGGAUUAUGCUCAGACUGCUCAAGUCUGCGGAAAGGCAUUGAUUACAUUGAUAAACGAGGUGCUUGAUCGGGCAAAAAUCGAAGCUGGAAAGUUGGAGAUGGAAACGGUCCCUUUCGACCUUCGAUCUAUCCUAGAUGAUGUGCUCUCUUUAUUUUCCGAGAAGUCUAGGAACAAAGGUGUCGAGUUGGCGGUCUUUGUUUCUGAUAAAGUUCCGGAUAUGGUUAUGGGGGAUCCAGGAAGAUUCCGACAGAUUGUUACGAAUCUUGUUGGGAACUCUGUCAAAUUUACAGAACGGGGACACGUUAUUGUUAAAGUCCAUCUAGCGGAAAACACAAAGCCCGUAGACGACGCAAUAGCCAAAAAUUGUUUGAACGGAGGGUCAGAUGAUAGUGUGCCGCUCUCAGGUGCACGCCAGUUUAAAACCUUGACUGGUUAUGAAGCAGCCGAUGAGCGGAACAGUUGGGAUUCCUUCAAGCAUUUAGUUUCCAAUGAAGAAUCGCCAUAUGAUGCCUCAAUAAACAUGACAGUUGCCGGUGAAACUUCUCAGAGUGUCACUUUGGUGGUAUCUGUAGAAGAUACCGGCAUUGGGAUCCCUUUAAUUGCCCAGGAUAGAAUUUUCAUGCCAUUUAUGCAGGCAGAUAGUUCAACUUCGAGAAAUUACGGUGGGACAGGUAUAGGCUUGAGCAUUACCAAGUGUUUGGUGGAGCUAAUGGGUGGUCACAUAAGCUUCGUUAGCCGGCCUCAAGAUGGAAGCACAUUCUCGUUCACCGCAGAUUUUGGGAGAUGUAAAAAAGCUUCUUUUAGUGAUACGAAAAAACCCAAUACCGAAGAUCUUCCUUCUAGUUUCCGACUGUUGAAAGCAAUGGUAGUUGACGGAAAACCGGUUAGAGCUGCUGUGACCCUUUACCACUUGAAGAGACUUGGUAUACUGGCUGAAGUUGCAAGUAGUGUAAAGGGAGCAGUUUCUGCAUGUGGGAAAAAUGGCUCUUCAUGUGGAAGUAAAAUCCAGCCGGAUAUAAUUCUUGUUGAGAAAGAUUCAUGGCUUUCCGGUGCGGAUGGUGGUUUGAGCUUACGGAUGUUGGACUGGAAACAGAACGGACAUGUGUUUAAGUUUCCUAAAAUGAUUCUUCUCGCGACAAAUAUUACGAACGCUGAACUUGAGAAAGCUAAGGCAGCCGGUUUUGCAGACACUAUAAUUAUGAAACCUAUGAGGGCAAGUAUGGUGGCUGCAUGUCUUCAACAGGUGCUCGGGAUCAGGAAGAAGCGGCAGGCGGGAAAAGACACGCAAAAUGGAUCUCUUCGGAGUUUAUUUGUUGGAAAGAAAAUACUAGUAGUCGAUGACAAUAUGGUAAAUCGAAGAGUUGCCGCAGGUGCAUUGAAGAAGUUCGGAGCUGCUGUAGAAUGUGCCGAAAGUGGAAAAGCCGCGCUAAAACUGCUUCAAAUUCCGCACUCUUACGAUGCAUGCUUCAUGGACAUUCAGAUGCCAGAAAUGGACGGGUUCGAGGCAACCCAUCGGAUUCGAAUGAUGGAGAGUCAAGCCAAUGAGCUGACGAAUGGAGACGGCACAGAUGAAGGUUUGGCCCGGAAAGGUGAGUGGCAUGUCCCGAUAUUAGCCAUGACGGCCGAUGUAAUUCAUGCCACCUAUGAAAAGUGUCUUGAAUGUGGGAUGGAUGGAUACGUCUCGAAGCCAUUUGAGGAAGAAAAUCUCUACCAGGAAGUUGCCAAGUUCUUCCAAGUCAAACCGAUCUCGGACUCAUGACGAAACACCUUGCACCUACACCGGAAAAGUCGACAAAACCAAAACCGAGAAACACGAGCCAGGUAAACUUUUCCAGCAAAAAAAAAAAAGUCCGCUCAAAAGCAUGCAUAUGCAUGUUGGGGCAAUUAUUUCUAACCCGAACAUCGAUUUUCGACUUGAUUAGAAUUCGAGUAUUUGUAUACUACGACAGGAAACUACAUCCUCAUCUGUUUGUAUAGGUGUUUACAAAGGGGAUGCUUUGAUUUUCUCUCGAGACUUUGAGAACUUUUCGGAAAUGGAGUUCUGAUUUUUUUUAAUGAAUUUUGUUGUAAAAGCUUUGUU